AUGCUGUGCACUCAACUCCCAACGCCGCUAGAGGGGUUCGCUUCGAAAGUGGAACAGGCCCUCUCACUGCCCACUCCUCCACAAGAUUCCAAUGCGAUUGAGCCCCAUGAUAGUUAUGGCUCACCAACAGCGUCCGUAUCCACUCGUAGGAAGACUAAGGGGAAUCCCGCUGGGCUCAAGUUUGGGAAAACUCCAUUUCCUAGCUGGGGAGGACCACGCCCGGAGUUGUGUGAAGAGGUGUACAAGAUAUUGGCAGAAGCUCAUGGUGAAGCAAAGGCACCUUUGACAGCCCCUGCACCAUCUCUUACAGUAGCGGGGUGUGGCGAGGUCCCCUCUGUUCUUGAUGCUCUUCUAAGAACACUACUGAGUGCAGCGACAACGAUGAAGGCGGCGAACGCAGCCUUUGCUGCGCUGGUUCUCAAAUACGGGGUCCUUGAGACGGGAAUAGGAGCCGGAAGUGUGGACUGGGCGAGGGUAAGGCUCUCUCCACAAGAAGAGCUUGCAUCUACUAUCAAAAUGGCUGGACUUGCAAACGGCAAGGCUGCUGAUAUGAAGAAGAUCCUCGACAUGGUCUGGGAAGAGCACGGACAGCUAUCACUCGAACAUCUCCAUGGCAAGACAGCCGCUGAGGCUAUGUAUGAGCUGGUAAAGUAUCCUCGCAUUGGGGUCAAGACUGCGGCUUGCGUUAUCCUCUUUUGCCUUCGACUCCCGUGCUUCGCGGUUGAUACGCACGUCCACAGAUUCUGCAAAUGGUUGGGAUGGGUUCCCCCGACAGCAUCCCCUGAACUGACGUUUUGGCAUUGUGAGUACCUUGUGCCAGAUCAUCUAAAAUACGGCCUACAUCAACUCUUCAUCCGCCAUGGCCAAACCUGCGACCGUUGUCGGGCGAACGCUGAGAAUCGAACCAAGGUGGGAGACCCGAGUACUUGUGUGGUGGACCAUCUGCUUCAGAGAGUCGGGCCCAGGGCAAAGGAGGAUGUGAUUUCAUAG